CCCUCGCCGAGGCCCAGCCCGCGCCCCCGGUGCGCCCAUCUCAUUGGCUGAAGGCAUCCCCCCUGAAUUCUCAUAGGCUGUCCCACUUUUCCUCCGCCCCCCGCACGGACCGCGCGCCGCGAGAGCCGGGGAAGCAGCUCUAAGUCCGGGCCUGGGCGCCGGGGCUCUGCUCUGCUCCGCGCUGCGAGAGGCUCGGGGCGCGGGGGCCCGGGCCAGCUGUUCCCACCCGGGGACGCUCUUGAGGAGCCGAGCCCGGCAAAUGGGCGCACGAGGAAGAGAGCAGGGAAAUGGACUGCUAUUUGCGCCGCCUCAAACAGGAGCUGAUGUCCAUGAAGGAGGUGGGUGAUGGCCUCCAGGAUCAGAUGAACAGCAUGAUGGGGGCGCUGCAAGAACUGAAGCUUCUGCAGGUGCAGGCGGCACUGGAACAGCUGGAGGUCUCCGGAGGGAGUCCUGCCCGCGGCUGCUCGGAAAGCCCGCAGACGCAGCCCGAGCCCCCUCCAUGGGAGGGUGGCAGAGUUCCUGCCAGGCCUUCAGCCUGCUCCCCUUCCAACCAACCUUCUCUGGGCGCCAAGUGUACAUCCCAGAGGAGUGUCUGCGGGCGGGAUCCGGACCCCCUGGCCAGGGCACAGCUACCAGAGCACCGAAGCGGGGCCCGGCCGGGGGGAGAGCCGGUGGAACCGGAAGACUGGACCUCCACGUUGAUGUCCCGGGGCCGCAACCGCCAACCUCUGGUACUAGGCGACAACGUUUUUGCGGACCUUGUGGGCAACUGGCUGGACUUGCCAGAACUGGAGAAGGGUGGGGAGAAAGGAGAGGCAGGGGAGCCCAAAGGGGAGAAGGGCCCGUCCCGGGAGCUGGGCCGCAGGUUUGCCCUCACGGCAAACAUCUUUAGGAAGUUCUUGCGCAGUGUGCGGCCCGACCGAGAUAGGCUGCUGAAGGAGAAGCCGGGCUGGGUGACGCCCACGGCCUCGGAGCCCAGGGCCGCCCGCUCACACAAGGUCAAGAAGCGGAGCCAUUCCAAGGGCUCUGGACGUUUCCCCUUCCCAGGCCCUGCAGAGCCCAGAAGGGGGGAAAGUCCUUCCACAAGCUGCCCCAAGGCCCUGGAACCCUCACCUUCUGGCUUUGAUAUUAACACAGCUGUUUGGGUCUGAGUCCUAGAGACAGAAAGUUGACUGAACCCAAAAGGUCCAGGUGUCGGUGUUGGGCCCUGGGAAGAUGCCAUGUGGGCACUGUGGCUUUUGAAAGCCUGACUCCGAGUUCCUUUCCUCGAGAAAGGAGGGAGAAGCAGCAAGAGUGUCUGGAGUAGGGCUGACAGAUGUGUGGCUGAGAGAGGCCGUGGUGGGGGCUGGCUGGUGGGAGGGGAGGGCUCCUAGACUGAAAGAGACAGAGA